ACACUGAUGAUGCUUUAAUGCAGACCCGCCUCGCUCGCGCGCCCUUAUUCAUUGGCUGUUAUUUGUGCCUUCACACUUUCCGUAUUGCGCUCGGCAUUCGGCUUUUCUUUCUUUCUUUCUCGCUCCACGGGAGUCUGCUGGAAUUACUGUGUGUGUGAGAAAGUGUGUGUUUCUCCGUGGAUCAUCAUGGCCACGCGUGAUUUCUAUUUCAACACAGUGCUUUCACUGGCGCGUUCACUGGCAGCACACCGACCAGCGCCCGUCGAGAAGGUGCAGAAGCUGCUGUGUAUGUGUCCCUGUGACAGCCGCGGUGUGUUUGUUCUGGACGUGCGGCGCAGAGAUGCGGUCAUCGCUCUGGCUGUGUUUCUGGUCGAGUCUGAUUUACAGCACAAAGAGACCGUGGUAAAUUACCUGUUGAGUCUGCUGAAGGGAUUACCCAGAGUGCAGUGGGUGGAGGAGAAUGCUGGGAGAAAGUGUAAAGAGUCUCUCCCGAUGGCGGAGAACUUCAGCUUCUGUCUCGUGACGCUGCUUUCUGACGUGGCUCAGAAAGACCCAGAGUCUCGCACACAGAUUCUGGAAGCCAUCAUGGAUGUAAUGCAGUCUCUGCUGGAGAUCUGCCAGACGCCUGAGAACCAUGAUAAAGUUCACCUGUGUCGGUUUGUGGUACCGUGUCUGCUGGGUGUGGCCCGGGCAUUUGGUCGCUAUGGUAAUGCAGACGAGCCCCUCCUCUGUCAGCUGUUUCCCCGUGAAGCUCCACCCCUUGUCACACCUAUCCGCGGAUCGGUGGAAACCGAAGGCGUCCGCAGGAGAUCCUUCAAUGACUUCCGCUCCAUUCUGCCCAGUUCACUGCUGACCGUCUGCCAGAGCGACACGCUGAGACGCAAGAGCACCGCCACUAACCUCGACGCACAGGCGAGUCCGGACCGCGGUGGACCUUCGCCCUGCUCUCCAACAGCUCCGGGACCGCAGUAUUUUGAAGGGUCGUAUCUGAGUGACGGGAGUGCAGUGAAUCCUGAUUAUUACUUCACGACGGUCAGCUCCAGUUUCUCCAUGUCUCCUCUGUUCAGCGGAGCCAGCGGACCAGAAAUAAACGUCCCGCUGGAGCUGCUGAGACGCCUCUUACAGAUGGUGAAGCAGUUUGUGUCAGAUUCGUUCCUCAAGUCUCUGGACGCUGUAGUGACUGAGGUUACAGAGGCGAAUACAGGCAUGGAUCUGUUCUACAAAGGCUUCAGCGACCCGCUGUACGUCAGCAUGUUCAAGAUGCUCAGAGACACGCUCUACUACAUGAAAGACGUGCAGGCGGGUUUCGUGAAGGAGGUGCAUGAUUUUGUGCUGGAGCAGUUCAGCAGCAGUCAGUCUGAGAUCCAGCGGGUCCUGCAUGAGGAGCGUCUGCCGGGUGAAGCCAGUCCUCUGAAGCUCCGCUGCCACGCAAACGCAGCCUGUGUGGACCUGAUGGUGUGGGCUGUCAAAGAUGAGCAAGGAGCGGAGAAUCUGUGCACUAAACUCUCGGAGAAACUUCAGUCUAAAACAUCCAGUAAAGUGAUCAUCGCCCACAUGCCUCUGCUCAUCUGCUGCUUACAGGGUCUGGGUCGUCUGUGUGAGCGUUUCCCCGUCAUCGCUCACUCGGCCAGUCUGUCUCUGAAGGAUUUUCUAGUGGUUCCGUCAGCGGUGCUCAUUAAACUCUACAAGUACCACAGUCAGUGCAGCUCAGGAGCCGGUGGGAUCAAAAUAAACGUGACCAAUGAACACUCUCUGUCCACGCUCAACCUCCUGUCCAGUAGGAAAGACCAGCCGUCCAUGUAUGAGCAGCUCCGAGACAUUUCUAUCGACAACAUCUGCAGAUGUCUGAAGGCUGGUCUCACUAUGGAUCCUGUUAUCGUGGAGGCGUUCUUAGCCAGCCUGUCAAACCGGCUCUACAUCUCACAGGAGAACGACAAAGAGGCCCAUCUGAUCCCUGAUCACACCAUCCGCGCUCUGGGACACAUCGCUGUGGCCAUGCGGGACAGUCCUAAAGUGAUGGAGCCCAUCCUGCAGAUCCUACAGCAGAAGUUCUGCCAGCCGCCCUCGCCGCUAGACGUGCUGAUUAUAGACCAGCUGGGCUGCAUGAUUAUCACGGGCAAUCAAUACAUCUAUCAGGAGGUGUGGAACCUGUUCCAGCAGAUCAGUGUUAAGGCCAGUAAUGUGGUUUAUUCUGCUACAAAAGACUACAAAGACCAUGGCUACAGGCAUUGCUCUCUGGCUGUGAUAAAUGCGCUGGCCAAUAUCGCAGCUAACCUGCAGGGGGAGCUGCUGGUGGACGAGCUGCUGGUUAAUCUGCUGGAGCUGUUCGUUCAGCUGGGUCUGGAGGGAAAAAGAGCCUGUGAACGAGCCAGUGAUAAAGGGCCAGCGCUAAAGGCGUCCAGCAGUGCUGGUAAUCUAGGUGUCCUCAUCCCCGUAAUCGCUGUGCUGACCCGCCGAUUGCCCCCCAUCAAAGAAGCCAAACCUCGCCUGCAGAAGCUCUUCAGGGAUUUCUGGCUGUAUUCUGUGGUCAUGGGCUUUGCUGUGGAAGGUUCUGGUCUGUGGCCUGAGGAAUGGUACGAGGGUGUUUGUGAAAUCGCCACUAAAUCUCCCCUGCUGACGUUCCCCAGUGGAGAACCGCUGCGUUCAGAGCUCCAGUAUAACUCUGCACUGAAGAACGACACCGUCACUCCGGCGGAGUUGAGUGAUCUGCGCAGCACCAUCAUCAAUCUGCUGGACCCGUCACCCGAAGCUGCCGCUCUCAUCAAUAAACUGGACUUUGCAAUGUGCACUUACCUGCUGUCUGUGUACCGGCUGGAGUACAUGAGGAUGCUGCACUCCAAUGAUGCCGACCGCUUUCAGGUCAUGUUCAGAUACUUUGAUUGGGAUCUCCAGCUUCUCCAUCACCUCUGCUGGUCUCCGCUGAAGAUGUUCACGGAGCAGGGCAUGGAGACGGCCAUCGCCUGCUGGGAGUGGCUGCUGGCGGCUCGCAGUGGAGCUGAAGUCCAGUUCAUGCGUGAGAUGGCGGGCUCCUGGCAGAUGACCGUGGAGCUGAAGAUGGGCUUGUUCUCAGAGACUGAGCCAGAAGCAGAUCCUUUAGCUGCUUCAGAAGAGAGUCAGCCGUUUCCUCGACCACCCAACGUCACACCGCAUUCACACUGGAUUGAGUUUCUCAUACAGAGGUUUGAAAUCGCCAAGUACAGCAGUGCGGAUCAGGUGGAGAUAUUCACGGGUCUCCUGCAGAGGGCGCUGUCUCUCAGUGUUGGAGGACGCCAGAGCAGUCUGAACCGACACGUCGUCGCCAUCGGCCCACGAUUCAGGCUGCUCACUCUAGGGCUGACUCUUCUUCAUGCUGAUGUUGUGACUAACGCCACCAUCCGUAACGUCCUGAGAGAGAAGAUCUACUCCACUGCCUUCGACUACUUCAGUGUUGCUCCACGGUUUCCCACACAGCCGGAGAAGCGUCUGCGUGAAGACAUCAGCAUCAUGAUCAAGUUUUACGCGUGUCUGCUGUCAGAUAAGAAAUACCUGACCGCCACACAGCUGGUCCCGCCAGAUCCUCAGGACGUGUCUGUGAACAGUCUGUCAGUGAUGGCGGGGAUGGACUCCAGGAGCAGUCUGGAUGCAGCUGUGGGCUCCAGACAGCAGGUUACUCAGGGCUGGAUCAACACGUAUCCACUGUCCAGCGGCGUCUCCACACUGUCCAAGAAAUCAGGUCUGUCCAAGAAGACCAACAGAGGAACGCAGCUGCAUAAAUACUUCAUGAAGCGCAGAACACUGCUGCUGGCGCUGCUGGCCAGUGAGGUGGAGCGUCUGACAACAUGGUACAAUCCCCUGGGCAGCCAAGAGCUCCAGAUCUCCACCGAUCAGUCUGUGGAGACCAGCAUCACCAACUGGAGGUCCAAGUACAUCAGUCUGACGGAGAAACAGUGGAAGGAUAAUGUUAAUCUGGCUUGGAGCAUCGCGCCGUAUCUCGCUCUACAGCUGCCAGCCCGGUUUAAGAACACAGAAGCCAUUUUUUCCGAAGUGACACGUCUGGUGCGUUUGGACCCGGGAGCCGUCAGUGACGUUCCUGAAGCUGUGAAGUUUUUGGUGACGUGGCACACGAUCGAUGCGGAUUCUCCAGAAUUAAGUCAUAUUUUGUGUUGGGCUCCGGCUGAUCCUCCAACAGGCCUGUCUUAUUUCUCCAGCAUGUAUCCUCCACAUCCGCUGACCGCUCAAUACGCCGUCAAAGUCCUGCGCUCCUUCCCUCCCGAUGCCAUUCUGUUCUACAUCCCACAGAUCGUUCAGGCCCUCAGAUAUGAUAAGAUGGGUUAUGUGAGGGAAUAUAUCCUGUGGGCAGCACAGAAAUCUCAGCUUCUGGCUCAUCAGUUCAUCUGGAACAUGAAGACCAACAUCUACACCGAUGAAGAAGGACACCAGAAAGACCCUGAUAUCGGGGAUCUUCUGGAGCAACUGGUUGAAGAAAUCAUCAGCUCUCUCUCAGGUCCUGCUAAAGAUUUCUACCAGCGCGAGUUUGACUUCUUCAACAAGAUCACCAAUGUCUCCGCCAUUAUAAAGCCGAUUCCUAAAGGUGAUGAGCGGAAGAGAGCGUGUCUGAGAGCUCUGUCGGAUAUCACAGUCCAGCCAGGCUGUUAUCUGCCCAGUAAUCCUGAAGCUAUAGUGCUGGACAUCGACUACAAAUCAGGAACGCCAAUGCAGAGUGCUGCCAAAGCACCGUAUCUGGCCAAGUUCAAGGUGAAGCGCUGCGGAGUGAGUGAACUGGAGAAAGAGGGUUUAUUGUGUCGCUCAGACUCUCUGGAUGAAGCUGAAGAUGGUGAAGAAGCACAGAAGGUCUGCUGGCAGGCGGCCAUCUUUAAAGUGGGAGACGACUGCAGACAGGACAUGUUGGCUCUGCAGAUCAUCGGUCUGUUUAAGAACAUUUUCCAGCUGGUGGGACUCGAUCUGUUUGUUUUUCCAUAUCGAGUGGUAGCCACAGCACCAGGGUGUGGCGUCAUCGAGUGCAUACCAGACUGUAAGUCCAGAGAUCAGCUGGGCCGACAGACGGAUUUUGGGAUGUAUGAUUAUUUCCGUAAUCAGUAUGGAGACGAGUCCACUCUGGCCUUCCAGAAGGCCAGGUAUAACUUCAUCAGGAGUAUGGCGGCGUACAGUCUGCUGCUCUUCCUGCUGCAGAUCAAAGACAGACACAAUGGAAACAUCAUGCUGGACCGCCAGGGUCACCUCAUACACAUCGACUUCGGCUUCAUGUUCGAGAGUUCUCCGGGUGGGAAUCUGGGCUGGGAGCCAGACAUCAAACUGACCGAUGAGAUGGUGAUGAUCAUGGGCGGGAAGAUGGAGGCCACGCCCUUUAAGUGGUUCAUGGAGAUGUGUGUGCGCGGAUACCUGGCAGUCAGGCCAUAUAUGGAUGCUGUGGUUGCCCUGGUAACGCUGAUGUUGGACACAGGAUUGCCCUGCUUCCGUGGACAGACAAUCAAACUGCUGAAGCAGCGCUUUAACCCUGGGGUGAGUGAGAAAGAGGCAGCAGCUUUCAUCAUCAAAGUCAUCCAGAACUGUUUCCUGAGCAGCAGGAGCAAAACUUAUGACAUGAUCCAGUACUACCAGAACCAGAUCCCCUACUGAACACCAGAGGAAGAGUGUGUGUGUGUGUGUGUGUGUGUGUGUGUGUGCGUGCGUGCGUGCGUGCGUGCGUGUAGCUGUGUGCAACUGCGUUCGGUUGUGUGCAAGUACCCAUGCGUGCGGCCGUGUGUGUGUGUGUGUGUGCGUACAUAUGUUCGUGCAACUAUGUAACUAUGUGUGUGUGUGUGUGUGUGUGUGUGUGCGCGUGCAACUGUGCAUAUGUGCAUGUGACCAUGAGUGCGUGCAUGCGCGUGUGUGUGUGUGCGUGCGUGUGUGUGUGUGUGUGUGUGUGUGCAACUGUGACUGCGGCCAUGUGUGUGUGCAACAUGCAUGAAGCUGUGUGUGCAUGCAUGUAACUUGGCGUGCAACUGUGACUGCGGCCAUGUGUGUGUGCAGCCAUGUGUGCAUUCAACUAGGCGUGCAGCUGUGCAUGUGUGUGGCCGCAUGUGUGUGCGUGCGGCCGUGUGUGUGCGACUGCGCAUGUGGCUGUGCAUGCAGUCGUGUGUGCAUGUGAUCAUGUAUGUGGCUGUACGUGCGUGCAUGCGACCCCGAGUGUGGCCAUGUGUGUGUAUGACUGUACGUGCGACUGUGUGUGUGUGUGUGUGUGUGUGUGUGUGUGUGUCUCUCUUAAUUCAGAUUUGCACUGUGGUGUGUUUGUGCUCUCAUUACUCCUGAAUAGUGUCUGCAUCAGUUCUGAUCUACAGUCAGCUCUUCUGAAGAGUCUCCUCUGCACGUCUCUCUCUGCUGCAUGACAGAUUCAGCUCUAAAUCACUGGUGCAGUAGGGUUAUUAUCGGAUGUGAUUGUGUUGUCAGUCUUAAAUUAUUUCCAGAUGUUGACCUCCUCCAGCCGCUGUUUAUGAACACACAUGUAAAGUGCAUUAGCUGAUGGAGAGAUGUGUGAGAUCAUGUGGAUGUUGACGUCAGUGUUUACAGCUUUAGAGAUCUGCUAAUAUUCCUGAUGUUAAGCUCAUCAUGCCUUUGAUCAUCGGCUGCUUGUUUUGCAGUUUGUGACUGUUUAUUGAUCAGUUUAUUGAUUGUACAGUGUGAUCAAUAUUUGUACGCUCGUUUGUAAGGCUGCAUCAGUUUUCUGCCUCUUUCUAUCCGCCUUUUAGAGUAUUUAUUUUGUCGGAGAUGUUUAAUAAAUGUCCACAAUGGGACUUGA